AAAGCAGGAUGAACUCUUCUCUGUGAGGUGCAUUACGCGGCGCGUGAUGCUUUACGCCCCCAGCGUAGUUGAAAUGCAUCAUUUCCUGCAUAAUUUCCUGCUUUCUUGUAUUCCAAGUAACCUUGCUUCUGAGUUGAUUUCUCUUGGUUUAUUGCUUAAAAACCUCUAAAAUAAGUCUAAUGUUCCUCAAAUAAGCAUGGAUUAUGAUAGUGUGACGAAACGUCAUCAUGUAUCAAUUUUUCAAUAAGGACCCUCGAGUAAUUUUUCUCAGUUCAGUCAAGUGCACUCAAAAUCCAGCUGUCAAGAAAAUAAUAUAAUAUUUAGAGUUCAUAAAAUUUGUCCAUCUGAGGAGAAUGAUAUUUAUCUCUUGGAAUUUGCCAAAGGAUGAAAAAAUCUCUUGUUUAAUAGCACCUUGGAAUUUCCAAAUUUAACAUUUUUGCUAAGUUCCAACUAAAGAUCAUGGGAGACCAUACAGAUAGGUAUGCAGUUGUGACUGGAUCAAACAAAGGAAUUGGAUUUGAGAUUGUAAGGCAGUUAGCUUCAGCUGGAAUCAAAGUGGUACUUACUGCAAGAGAUGAGAAAAGAGGCCUUCAAGCUUUGGAAACAUUCAAAUCCUCUCCUUUAUCUGAUUUUGUUAUCUUUCAUCAACUUGAUGUUGCUGAUGCUUCAAGUGUAGCCUCUCUUGCUGAUUUUGUCAGAUCCCAAUUUGGCAAACUUGAUAUUCUGGUUAACAAUGCUGGGAUUAACGGAGUUGAAAUUAAAGACAGUGAAUUAUACAGUCAAGUACUCAUUACGAACGGGGCACUAUCUGACGAGGAAUUGAAAAGGACAAUGACACAUACAUAUGAUUUAGCUAAAGAAUGCAUACAAAUAAAUUAUUAUGGUGCUAAAACAACAUUUGAAUACCUUCUUCCCCUCCUUCAAUUAUCUGAUUCACCAAGAGUUGUCAAUGUUUCAUCAGCAUUGGGAAAGAUUGAGUGUGUAUCAAAUGAAUGGGCUAAAGGCGUAUUCAGCGAUGUUCAUAACCUUACAGAAGAGAGAAUAGAUGAAGUUAUAAAGGAGUUUAUCAAAGAUUAUGAAGAAGGGUCCUUAGAGAGAAAUGGUUGGCCGAGGUUUUUGGCUGCCUAUACUGUUGCUAAAGCUUCGAUGAAUGCGUAUACAAGAAUUAUUGCAAAGAAAUAUCCUACUUUCCGCAUCAAUUGUGUUUGUCCUGGUUAUGUCAUAACUGACAUAACUGCUAAUACUGGUUUCUUCACGGUAGAAGAAGGUGCUUCACAUCCUGUUAGGAUAGCACUAGUUCCUAAUGAUGGUCCAUCUGGCGUUUACUAUAUCCGGAAUGAAGUCUCUUCAUUUUGAUUGUAUUAUAUUAUAUAUGUUGUUCAAUUUUAUGGAUUAUGAAUAAACUCCACUGGAACCCCUUAAAAUCACUUUAUAUUUAUCGUUUCA